AUGGCGUCCUUCAUUGAAUUUGUAAUGGAAAUAGUUGUUGUAUGGGCUGUUUUCACCACUGUGAUCCCUGCAACAAUAGCAUUAACAUCAUCAUCAUCAGAAGCCAUAGCUUUACUCAACUGGAAAGGCGGUAGCGAUCACUUUCCUGGUUCUUGGAAUGCAACUGAUACAAUAAGCCCAUGUAAGUGGAAUGGGAUAACUUGCAAUGCUGCUGGAAGAGUAACAGUGAUAGACCUAUCCUCACAAAGCUUAAAUGCUGAGCUCAACAAAUUGAAUUUCUCCUCUUUUCAAUAUCUAGUCCGUCUUGAUCUCAGUGCGAGUACAUUGUUUGGAACCAUCCCAGACGCCAUUGGUAAGCUUUCCAAACUCGCCCAUCUUAAUCUAUCUUCAAACACUGAGCACGUCAAUAGUCUCCAAGGGGAAAUCCCUCCUACUGUAGGUAAGUUGAGCAACCUCAUCAGUCUCUCCUUACUUGGCAAUAAAAUCAGCGGCUUAAUACCCACACAAAUGGGGAAUUUGAGAAAUCUAACUCGGUUGGACCUAGGUCUAAACUUGCUUUCAGGUUCAAUACCCACACAGAUGGGGAAUUUGAGAAAUCUAACUCGGUUGGACCUCAGUUACAAUAACUUUAAUGGUUCAAUACCUAAGGCAAUGGGGAAUCUUAAGAAUCUCAACACAUUGGAUCUGAGUAACAAUAAGUUUACUGGUUCAAUACCUGCAACAAUGGGGAAUCUUAGGAAUCUCAGCACAUUGGACCUGAGAUCAAAUAUGUUUACUGGUUCAAUACCUGCAACAAUGGGGAAUCUUAAGAUUCUCUUCACAUUGGACCUGAGUAACAAUAUGUUUACUGGUUCAAUCCCUAUGGAAAUUGCAGAUAUGGAACAACUGGUGCGACUUGAUCUCAGCUACAACAAGGUAAAUGGUUCAAUACCUGCACAGUUGGGGAAACUCAAUUUUAUUAAACACAUGGAUUUCAGCUACAAUGAUCUACAUGGUCUUGUUCCAGACAAAAUAGCUUGUAAAUUUUUAUAUGGAGCAUUGAAUGAAGAAGGUUUGUGUAAUGAUCAUUCGGGUACCAAAUGUAAAUGCAGAGAGAAUACCAAAAAAUGGAGGCAAGCCAAGUCCCUAAAUUUCACCAUUGAUACAAGAACACCAAAAAAUGGAGAUUUGUUUUCCAUAUGGAACUUUGACGGGAGGAUUGCAUAUAGUGACAUCAUGGCAGCAACAGAAGAUUUUGCUAUCAAAUAUUGCAUUGGUACUGGAGGUUGUGGGAGUGUUUACAGGGCAAUGCUACCUACAGGGAAAGUAGUAGCUGUGAAAAAGUUUCAUCGCCUAGAAGUUGAAGAGAAAAUCCAUGAGAAGAGCUUCACUAAUGAGAUACACGUAUUAACAACAAUCCGGCAUCGGAACAUUGUGAAACUCUAUGGGUUUUGUUCUCAUCGAAGGGGCACUUUUUUAGUUUAUGAAUACAUAGAUAGGAGAAGCUUAGCCUAUGUACUUGGAAUUGAAGCAGAGGCCGUGGAAUUAGAUUGGAGAAAACGUUUAAAUGUCAUCAAAGGGGUCGCUCAAGCUUUGUCUUACUUGCAUCAUGACUGUACGCUACCAAUUAUUCAUCGGGACAUAUCAAGCAAUAAUGUAUUGUUCGAUGCAGACCUUGAGCCUCAUGUCUCCGACUUUGGGACUGCUAAAUUUCUAAAUCUUGAUUCGUCCAACCGCACUGUACCUGUGGGAACAUAUGGAUAUAUUGCUCCAGAGCUCGCCUAUACUAUGGUUGUGACUGAAAAAUGUGAUGUUUAUAGCUUUGGGGUACUGGCACUAGAAACAAUUAUGGGAAGGCAUCCUGGUGAACUCAUCUCUUCAUUAUCAUUGCCAAAUGCAAAAGACAUAAUUCUAGAGGAUCUGUUAGACCCACGUCUCCCACCACCAACACAAUUGGUAGCACAAGAUUUGAUUUUUUCAUUGACGCUAGCAAUUUCAUGCUUGCGCACCAAUCCAAAAUCUCGUCCAACUAUGCAAUACAUAUCUCAAAAACUAGGAAGUCCUAUGAACCCUCAUCAAAAUCCUUCUGCAUAGUUUCAUUGUGAUCAUUAGGGAACCUCGAAAUAAAAUCAGAUUCAUAAAGUUUCAUGGACAUGGAUCUAUAUUGCUAAGGUGUUUUCUUGUAUUAAUUAA